CUACUUGAGUGUGUAUGUGUUAAAAGAGUAAAGAUUUUGUGACUGGAAACAAGAUCCAAUGGUAAAUCAAGAAAGGAUACUAGCCCAGAUUUUUUUUUUCCUCUCUCUCUCUCUCUCUCUCACUUUUCAUCUUGACAUUAUGUUUGCUCGAAAAUACCCAGGUACAACACUUCCACUUUCUACAGCAGCUCCUACAGUGAUGGACGUUACUUUGACAACUUCACUUGAACAUUGUCUUCAAAGAAAUGGCAUGUAUGAUUCUCCAGAAAGAACAGAGCAAAGAGAAGCAGCUUUAAAGCAUUUGACAGAGCUCACGCGACAAUUUGUACGCACUGUCUGUCAAAGAAAAGGACUGCCAAAACCAGUGAUUGAAAAAGCAGGUGGUGCAGUAUUUACUUUUGGAAGUUACAAAUUAGGUGUUAAUUCAGCAGACGCAGAUAUUGAUACACUCUGUGUUGUACCCUGUUAUGUUGAAAGACGUGAUUUCUUUGUAGAUAUGUUAUCUACAUUGAAAUCAACUGCUUGUAUUUCUGAUAUUACAUCUGUACCCGAUUCUUUUGUACCUGUCAUUAAGUUCAAAUACAAUGAUAUUCCAAUCGACCUUGUUUGUGCAAGGUUAAAUUUACCUGAAGUACCGGCCACAAUCAAUGUGAACAAUAACAAUCUGUUAGUUGGUCUUGACGAUAAAUGUGUACGCAGUAUUAACGGUACUCGUGUUGCAGAUGAUAUUAUGUCCCUUGUGCCCAACCUCAGUACGUUUCGUAUUGCCUUACGCUGCAUUAAAUUAUGGGCACAAAGAAAAGCAGUCUACUCAAACGUACUUGGGUUUUUUGGUGGUGUUGCAUGGGCUAUUCUUGUGGCUCGUGUCUGUCAACUGUAUCCAAAUGCCAGUGCCAGUGUGGUUGUCAGCAAAUUUUUUCGUAUCUUGACUGAAUGGAACUGGUCAGCAGCCCCUGUGAUGCUUAAACAUAUUGAAGAUGGUCCAUCUCUCAGUUCCUCUUUAAGACCAUGGAAUAACCGAAUCAAUCUAGUCGAUAAAUCACACCGUAUGCCUGUCAUUACACCUUCUUAUCCAAGCAUGUGUGCCACUCACAAUGUCACUGCCUCUACACAGCGCAUCAUUCUCGGUGAAUUCAACAUGGCUGCACAGACAGUAGACAAGAUCAUGAUGGGAUCCUUACCUUGGUCUGCCUUAUUCUUGCCUCAUACUUUUUUUCAAAACUACAAGUAUUAUCUACAAGUGAUUGUCAGUAGUGAUGCCCAUGCACGGUUUUUAGGCUGGUCGGGUCUAGUGGAAGCUAAAUUAAGACUGUUGGUGACCAAGUUAGAAACAGUACCCUCGAUUGCACUGGUUCAUCCCUAUAUUCAUGGGUUUAAGCAUGAACAUUUAUGUCAUUCACCUGAGGAAGUUUAUGCAGCCACACAUGGACAAUUCAAGCCUCCUCAUGUUGCUCGAAGAAGACGACCUGCCAAGAUCUAUACCAAGAUAUUCUAUAUUGGCCUCUAUAUUCGUAUGCGACCAGAUCAAUCAAGAACAUUGGAUUUAACAAGACCUAUUUAUGAAUUCACAAGAUCAGUGACGAAUUGGUCUGACUAUGAUCGAAAGCAUAUGGGGAUUAUUGUAGAGAACGUUAGACGGUCUGAUUUACCUGAAGAAGUACAUAAACAAGCAGCAUCUAUCAUGUCUAAGCGUGCAUUAUCCAAGUCACCUUCACCUCAAUUACAACCUGCUACUUUACCUACUCGUCCAUCACCCAAAGCAACAAAACCUAAUGGAGAUAUCAAAAAGAAUGUGAAUAAGAAAGCAAAGACCCUUAUUAACAAACCAAGCAUGCCAAACACAAAUGAAGAAACCAGAUCAUUUGCCAUGGCUACUUCUACAGUUUAAAAGAAGGAGGGGGAGAUAGGUAUCAUCUAUAGCCAUUUUUUAUUAUUUAAAGACAAAUCAAGAGAGAAAGAGAAAGAGAAAAAAGGAAAGAAAGGCAAGUGUAUCAUUGAAUCAUAUCUUUUUUUUUUUCGUUUCUAUAGGUAAAAAACACUUUUUUUCUUUUUCUUUUUCUUUUUUUUUUCCUCUUUCUUG